AUGACUCGAAACAAUCUUCGCGAGAAUCUUUCUUGGUUACUGGCGAAUCUAGCACUAUCAACACCAAACGCGCCCGAGCUCCCCGCUGCACGCGAUAUAUCUGGGGAUCUCUCGUCGACGCCAGAUGCUGCAACACAGUUCGCUGUACCACCGCAACCCAAAACAAGGCAUAUUGGAUCGUUUAGCAGCUCCUCGUCAACGCUGGUCCCGUCAGAAAGACAGACCUCUCGAACCCCCGCAACUCAUGUUUCAACAACGAAAUCGAGAUAUUCGCAGGAGGAUCUGGACGAGGAGGGAAUAGGACAGCCUGGGGCGAACAUGGGGCGCUUAGUGACCAACUCGGCGCGGAAGAGACGCUCUCUGAUACUGCAGCAAGAGCAGACCCAGGAACAACUCCUAACGCCAGCCUCGGCUACGGGAUCAGGCAACCUACAGAGGGCAUACUCGGCGUCUCUAAAGACACCCACAGUGCGCACACCGGCUCCCCAAAGACCCGCUGCCAAACGAAGUCCUGCGCCCAAGCUGCGAACUCCAAAUUUAUUCGACGACGAUUUCUGCGAUACUGUAGAUUUGACCGGAUCUGACGACUUCACCUCUUCAGACUCUAAUGGAUUCGCAUUCGGCGACGACGUCCAGCUGUGGACUGAAGAUCAUGCGAGUCGGCCGGAGCCCGUGGCUGAAGAUCGUGGAAAGAAACGCAAGAGCAACGAGAUUAGCCGACGCGUGGGCUCGUCGGCCGAGCUCUAUGACGACGAGUUCCCUGACAUCGACGAUUUGGUUGGUGAUACGUCUGUGGAAUCAGUCAUUCGCGUCACCCCAAAGACAAAGAAAAGGGACGCAGCGAAGUCGGAACGAAGUCCCGAUCUCAUGGAGCUUGACUUCCUCGGCAGUCAGCAUGCCAGCCAAGUGACCAUUCGGGAGUCGCGGCCCAAAGCGAAUGCCGCCAAGGAAAUAACAAAUCGGAAGCAGUCACCAGAUGAGACAUCAAAUCGACGCGCCACCACCGAGGUGACAUCGAGGGCCGUGAGACAUACCCCGAGUCCCGUGAAGAAGUUCUCGACCUUGAAAGAAGAGCUUGCUGAUGGGAGCAACUCUCAGCCUUCAGGAGCUCGAAGGAUACGGCGCAAUAGUCAAGUGAUUCAAGACUCUGAUGAAGAGUGGGCCACGCCACCUACGCACAACGCGUCCAUCAUCACGAUACAAUCUACAAACAGCCGUGGAAAGAGUCGUGGUAGUCAAGAGGACUUCUCUCGAGGCUGUGAACGGGAGACCUCUCCAGCCAUAAUCGCCUUCGAUACGCCAUCCAAGGCACGACAUGCCAAUGUCAAAGUGCCUCAGCCUGUGAUGUCGCCCGUCAAAAAGCCGGGUCAGUCAACAGCGGCUGCUUCCUUGGACGAAAGUGCCGACAAUCAGCCCGUUGCUGAGACGAAUCCUAGCCCACUGGCACAAGCUGCUUCCUUGCCUGAAGACGGCCUGCAGACGGCGCUGUUGAAAUUGUUCUUGUCUAAACCCUCAAUCUUGCAAAGGCAUCGCAGUCUAAUGGAGGAACGUUUGAAGAACAACAGAAUCGAGUUCCGGAAUGCGCUCACCAGCGCAGACUUCAAGAAAACCGACGAGUUGAAAAAAGACAAGGAACGACUUACUCGACAACAUGCCGCUUUGAAUGCUCUUUCCGAUGAACAUCAGUCAUACGAGGAUCUUGUACUUGAAAAAGAUAUGCACAUUGAAAGAAUGAUGGAUGCUUACGAACAAAUGGAAGACACCACAUCUAUGAAUGGAAAAAUGGACGACUUGGUGAAAGCUAUCCAAAGCCAGGAGUCGUCAAUGAUAGCUUCUCUCCUCCGAGCCGGAAUCAACGAUGUCGCAAUGUUCGAAGAUCACGAGCCUACCCGCAACGGCCGGCACGAUUCAAUCGUUCAUGCCACACAGCCGAUCCGAAAUCAGAACGAGCCGAGCUUAUCCAGGGAGUCUACAUUAGUACCUGGUGGUCAUGGCCAGGUUAUCCUGCAAACACAAGUCACACAGCGCUCGGAAGUUCCGGGCUCUUCGUAUGUAGCUGAGAAUCCAUCGCGGACUCGACCCACCGCAAAACACCAACAGCGGGAUACAUCUGCUGGAUCGAGGAGCACAACUGCCAGGACGUACCAAGAGCCUACGACGGUGCGCACACCAGCUUGGCCCAACACGAUUCCUUCCAUGGAUGAAGAUCUCUACGAUCUGGAGGACGAAGCGGAGCUGUUUGACGAUGACCCGGCAUAUGAAGCGCCCACAAAACAAAGACCCGUGACUAAUGCUUCUGGCUCUAGGGGUAGGAACCCCACAAGCAGAACGCCCUCUCAACGCGUUGAGACUUUCAUGAGCGAAGACGAGUUUGACGACGACAUGGAUAUGCUAGAACUUGCCCAAGACUUUGAGCUCAAGCAAUCUUCUUCGGAAGCCUCGCGGAAGAACGGACGCUCGGUUUUUUCAGAGACAUCAGGCAAUGCCGCCCCGGCAAAGCAGAAGACUGUCAAGCGAGUUGCGAGUACAUCGACCAAAGCUAGCUUUCCUCCUGAAUUGAUGAAAUUCGCCUGGUCACCAGAGGUGAAGAGAGCCCUUAAGGACAGGUUUAGGAUGGCCGGCUUCAGGCACAACCAGCUCGAAGCUAUCAACACUACACUUGCCGGAAAAGACGCUUUUGUUCUCAUGCCAACCGGUGGAGGCAAAUCUCUCUGUUACCAACUGCCAGCUGUGGUCAAGAGUGGAAGGACUCAUGGUAUUACCAUCGUGGUCUCUCCACUGCUGAGUUUGAUGCAAGACCAGGUUGACCACCUGACGUAUCUGAACAUACAGGCCAGAUCCUUCAAUGGCGAAUGCAGCGCCGCACACAAGAAAAUUGUUCUAGACACCGUCAAAGAUCGAAAUGGGGACCAGUAUCUGGAUCUUCUCUAUGUGACGCCGGAAAUGAUCAACAAAAGUGCAGCCUUUCGAGAUGCCCUGAAGAUUUUGCACCGGAACAGAAAACUUGCCCGCUUGGUCAUUGAUGAGGCACAUUGUGUCAGUCAAUGGGGACAUGAUUUCCGCCCAGACUACAAGGAGCUUGGGACGUUUCGUCUAGAAUUUCCCAACGUCCCUGUGAUGGCCCUGACCGCGACUGCCACUCCUAAUGUCAUAGUCGACAUCAAGCACAAUCUUGGCAUAGAUCAGUGCCAAGUAUUUUCACAGUCGUUCAACCGACCCAACCUGUAUUACGAGGUUCGACGGAAAGAGAAGGGGACCGUGAACCUCAUUGCAGAACUGAUAAAUGGCAAGUAUGCUGGGAAAACUGGCAUCGUUUAUACGUUAUCGAGAAAGAAUGCAGAGUCGACGGCUAAAAAGCUCCAAGCCCAAGAGAUUGCUGCGCAUCACUACCAUGCCGGAAUGGAGCCGGUCCAAAAAUCACAGAUCCAAAAGGACUGGCAAAGCGGGAAGAUCAAGGUAGUUGUCGCGACGAUAGCAUUUGGUAUGGGCAUUGACAAACCAGAUGUCCGAUUCGUUAUCCAUCAGACUUUGCCCAAAAGUCUGGAAGGAUAUUACCAGGAGACUGGACGUGCCGGGCGAGACGGGAAGCCGUCCGAGUGUUACCUGUACUACAGCUACGGCGAUGUCACGCAGCUGAGGAAAAUGAUUGCCGAAGGAGAUGGACACGAAGAGCAAAAGGCCCGCCAAAGAAACAUGUUGAGUACAGUGACUGCAUUUGCCGAGAACCAGAGCGAUUGCAGGCGUGUCGAGAUUCUUCGAUACUUUGGGGAGACAUUCGAUAAAUCCGACUGUCAGUCUACAUGCGACAACUGCAGGACUAAGGGUGUCUUUGAGUUGAAGGAUUACACAGAGCUCGCCACAAAAGUUCUGCAGGUUAUCGAUUGCCAAGAGAAGUUGACGUUGAACCAGUGCACUGAGAUCUUACUUGGCCUUCAACGGAAAAGGAAUACGGAAUUGAUGAAGGAAGAGACGAUGAAGUAUUUUGGCGUUGCCCAUGGGACACCAAAACAUGAACUGCACAGAGUCAUUGAUAGGCUUGCGGCACAAGAGGCGCUUUUGGAGAACAAUGUCAUCAACAAGAAGAUCGAUAUGGCAUUCCAAUACUUUAUUCUGGGCCCAAAGGCAUAUUCCUUUUUACGCCAAAAACAGAAGCUCAUGUUGACUGUUCAAGUUAAGAGCGGCGACAGUCAAGCGAAUGCUCCCAGAACCAAGAAGAAAGCAUCUGGUGCAGGGAAACAGACUAAACUUUCAACAUCGAUGUUGCCUCCAUCCACCAAUAUUUCCUCGCCAAUGACAAAAAGCUCGAGGCAAAAGGGCAAAGGCAAGGCUACUUUGGUAUACUCUAGUAGUGAAGGAGAGGAAGAAGCCUACGAAAUGCAUGACAAUGGGUAUGCCAAGGACAAUUUUGUCGUCGAUGAUGAUUCAUUCGACGAUGACGAUUUUGAAGUCAUGCCAACUCCCAGGAGCAGAAGGCGCAGGGCUCUAGCUGGGGCGCCAAUAGCUGAGGAUCCUGGACUGGUAAACAUUAAUGUGGUUCAUCGGAACAUCAUAUCUCUCUUUGAGCAAGAAGGUGCCAACUUGGCUGCAGACCUUCAGAAUCAGCACAGUUUUCGCAAACCCAUUUUCACCCGUCAGCAAUUGCGGAUCAUGGCGACCAAAUGGACAUUGAAUCUGGAUGAAAUGGCAGAGAUACCUGGAAUCGACCGCGACAAGGUCAAGUCUUUCGGGAAAAAGUUCUUGUCAAUGCUCAAGGACUACCACGGUCAAUAUGUCGAGCUAUACCGUGACCGUGCAUCCGCCAAAUCUUCACAAUCGAAGUCUCGCAAGGUCUCAGGGCACAGUGUUGUGGAUCUUGUGUCGACGGACGAAGAGGAUAAUGACGACGAUGACGACGAGAUGGAAGACGCCGAGGAUGACGGCGAGGACUCUCACUAUUUCGACAAGAGUGCUUCCCAGCUGCCUCCUCAUGUACAACGAUGGAAUGCCGAAAUGGAUGAGAUGGAGAAAAAAUCGGCGGCGGCUUCAUCUCGCUCCCGGUCUGCGUCGUCGAGCCGCGGAGGCGCCGGGCGCUUUGCCAAGGGUGGACGCAAACCCUAUCGCAGGUCAUUUGGUAGCCAAAAGGCACGACCAGGUGCCGGCGUGAAGAAGAAGACAGCAAGCAAGAGAACGUCAACCGGAUCGGCGCGUUCCGCGUCGAGCGCGACAGGCUCUACAAGUCGAGGUGGGAGAGUCGGGGCUCGAGGUGGAAGCCGAAGCGGCACACAACAGACCCUAUACAUUGAGGCCAUGCCACACUAG